CAGCACCUAUACUAUAUGAAGGAGGGGUUCAUUCACGUAUUUCACAAUCACCGUACAGUCCGUCUCCUCCGACUGUCAUGGCGUCCUUUCUCACACACGUAAGCGUCAGCAACCCUCCCUCCCGGUGUGUAGCUCACGUGCGAUGCGCGUGCAUGCAUGCGACGUACGUGGUGGUGGCCAUGAUAGUUUCUCUUUGGUCGCCCCCAGCCAAUCCCGGCGCUCGGGCCACAGAUGCAUGUCGGGAGCAUGCAGCACUACGAGGACUCAAAAGAGGGCAUCAGUAGCGCGCUCUGGCCAUUGCCAGGCCAGCAUCACCCAGGUGCCACCGCCACCUCACCUCGCCCGCUCUGACACACGGAUCAUCGUCACCAUCAUCAUCAUCAGUAUCCACGACAGCGCUGUGGUUAAUGAGACGUCGCGAGGGCUAAGUUACCGGACACCUGAACAAUGAUGAUGCGCUGGCAAGGGCUGAUGACUACCCUGGUGGCGUGGUUGCUCGCCUCUCAGUUCAGCAGUGCACAGAACCAUCGACGGCUGUCUGACGACAGUGAGCUUAGUGCUGUUCAUGCCGCGGGGCCCGUGUUUCACGCAGGCAACGAGGGGGAGACCGCCACCACCAUCAAUACUGCGUCUGAACUCAUCCGAACCGGUCAUUCCACUCUGAGACCUUCCAUGUUGUUGGGAGAAGGCUCCAAGGCUUCCAUACCUAGCGAGGAUGAAAUCCGAGAGACUUCUGGAACAUUCUUCUCUCAGGCAGCGCCGCCUGGGGCCGCGGACCAGUUGUCCACCGGAAAACGUUUCCGUAAAGGUCGCAACGAUUUUCUGCAUCAAUUUAUGGGCACUGCACUCGACAAGGACAGGUCAAAAGAUCAAAUAAUACCUGCGCUCGACAGAGACCCCCGUCAGAAGCGAUUCCUCAAAGCAUCUGACGACUUCUCGGAGAUGCUGGCCAAAUACCGUCAACUUAAACCCGCACAAAUGUUGAGUCAUGCGAAUAGCGAGGGCAGCUUUGACAGAGCUGAUACUACACGUGAUGGCAUGUCUGAGACGGACUUUAAUCGUGGCGAAGGACGGUCAAAAAGAGAAGAUAAUGAUCUUUGGUCUGACAUGCCCGGCCGCGGUAAAACACCCGAGGACAAUGGCUACCAUUAUGGCCGCCACCAUUCCAAACAGUUGCAGACGACGCGUGGACACGAACGCAGUUUGGACACAAAUGCAGGUGGGAUCCGGUCUCCGGGAGAUUCUGAACGCCGCAGUGACGCUGAUCGUGUUAGGAGAGACGCGGAUGCGAACCUGAGCCAUCUCCUCCCCACAGAACCUUCCUUGGCAGCGUCAGCUAAACAUGUCAGGGAAUAUACAGCCAACCGGAGAUUCCGCCGCCAUGUUGAUUCCUCAGAAGACGAGCUGCCCCUAGCCGAUUACUCUGAGUUGUCUGAUUACCCCGAACAGUCUGAUUAUACUGACUCUUCUGACCAGUUGGAAUUUCCAGUUGACAAGCGGUUUAUGCGAGGAAUGAAUCCCUACUUGAGGCCAUACUUGCUGAAUGCCCCUAAGAAACGUUUGUUGAGAGGUUUUAACCCGUACUGGCCCAGUAGGCAGUCUCACUUAUACGACAGAACAUACUUUUCCCAGCCAUACAAUGUACCUGAAAAACAUGCCUACAAUCCCAUGAAUCUUCACAUGCCAAUGUUCGAGUAUAAUUAUCAGAAUGAAAAGCAAGACCCAGCAGACGACAGUGAGGAUAGUGAUGGCAAUGGAGAUGAUGAGGACGAAGAUAGUGAAGACGUGACACCUAUGCGGUUAGACAAACGAUUUAGGAAAGGUUUGAAUCCUUAUUUGGCAAUGUAUUCCAACCGCAUGCCAAUGAGAAUCAAUCCCACGGAGGAUGGCGAGAGUGAAGACAUCGUCUUUGAUAAGAGGUUUCUGAAAGGUCCCAACAGAUAUCUCCAACUCUAUGCUAGCCGAACUGCAUCUAACCAGAAAUACAACCCUCUAAACUGGCAUUAUCAAAAACGAUUGAAAGCUAGCGCCCCUUGGGACAUAGCAAGGGAUCCAAGUCUGCUUCUGCUUGAUGAUGAUGAUGGACAGGAAUUAGACUUCGGGUCCCACGCAGUCAGCAAACGCUUUCUCAGGGGCUUCAAUCCAUACCUUUAUGCCCAUGCCAGUCGUGGUUACUUUAGAAAUUCACAAGAAUCCAAUACUGAUAAACGCUUUAAAGCAACAGACCUGUAUCAACCGCAGUCUCCACCCACCUCACAAGAGCUAAGUCUAGUCGAUGAAAAUGAUGAGGACCAGACUGUAAGAGAAAAACGAUUCCUGAGAGGCCGGAACCCGUAUUUUCUGGAACUGCAUCAAGGGAAGAGAGGCAUGAAAGGUAUCUUUCCGUAUCUUCAAUCCCGACAGCUAUUAAUAAACGCAGAGCCAAAAGAAAGCGGAGAUGACAACGAAGUUUCUGGACGCGUGGUUCCAUGGCCGGCGGAGAAGCGGUUCAUGAAAGGUGGUAACAAGUACCUCCACUCGCACAGCUUUGGCUCGCAGUCGAGCGGCGACACUCUGGACCGUCUGCGUCAAUACGUGGGAGACAAGCUGGUGAUGGAGAUCACAAAGCCCUUGAGGACUUCGCUGGACAAUGCCAGACCCUUCCCGUCCAGAUGGAGUGGCUGGGAGCUCGGAAAAGGUCACGCCGGCUGGCCCGCCCUCGUGUCCAGGCAGGGUUACUCUUCGUUCCAUUGAAGCUCGCGCUAGCAGGAACGUUUCGAGAAACAGAUUUACAAGAGGGCGACUGGGAGAAAUGUCUCGUUGACUUUGUGGAGAGCGAACGCCCUCGUGAUUCUUCAUGAGAAACGAGAAUGUUCUCUGCGACAUAGCUCACUGAGAACAGACUGGUCCUAUACUUCGUUCUUGGUUUUACUGAGAACACUGAAAAGAAUGUUUACGCUUUUACUGUUUACUUUAAGAAAAAUGUAGGUUUACUAUGAUUUAUGAAACUGUUUGCCAUUCAACACACACACACACACACACGUACACAUAUGAGUGAAAUCUGUCAUGAAAUACUAAGAUCUGCUUUGGACAGUUUUAAAUGCGAAGACUUUGCUCUAAAUUUCAAAGGCUACCACACUUCAGUACUUUUAAAUUUUCCUUGUAAAGGAAAGAUGCCUUUUUCGAGAUUUUCUUCCAACAGUAAAGAUUAUUUCAUUUCUCGAAUGUCCAUUGUUUGCAAAACAAACAUUACGUGAUCCUCCAUGAACGUGGAAAGUUGGAAAACAUAGACAGCAUUUAGUAGUUAAAAAAUAUUCAGUUUCACUUCUGAAAGCUGCUCUGGCAGACGACUGGCUUUGUAUUUUAUUCUGUGUAAAUUGGGGAUGAAAUUUAAAGAAUUAGUUUUUUGCCGUAUUUUCAUAAUAAAAAUUUAACCUACUUCAUUAAGAUUAAAUGAAGAGCGUGAUACACUUAAUUACCAGUAUGGUGUGAUUUCCCGUUGCAACUUCUCCCCCAAAAAUUUUUAUUCUGGAUGUUUGUGGCCCUUAUUCAAAUUCCAGAGCAAGAUCGACAAGAACAUUUGUGACAUGCUUCGACUAAAAACUUAGACCUUGUCACGUUGUAUUUUCUUGUAUGGGAAUAAGAAGACGUAUUACUCUGAUGAACAUCACUGUUUUCAUGAAUUUAGCUCCCCUGUUUUCUUUUUCCAUGACAUCAGAAUAGAUGAUUGCCAUCUUCCCUACGGGGAGAAGCUGCAGUUACCUAUUUCUCUCUCACGAAACCACUGUAUUGUUAUAUACAGAUACAAAAUAAUUGUCUAUUGCAAGGCUAAUGUGUGAGUCGCUUGUCAGACGUGUCUAUCAUUUUCAACUGUCUACUCUCCUGUGUCAUAACUGUAUACUCUGUCACAGGAGGCUGUUUUCAUUGCCUUGCUAUUAGACUGUCUACUCUGUCACGUAAAGCUGGAUAAAAAAACACAGAACAUGUCUUAACCGAUAAGCAUGAGAACUUAAGUUUGAUUCGAAAAAAAAAUGUCAUUUAAAUGUCAUUUUUAAAAUCUUAAGAAUAUAAGAGUAACAAUUAAAUUGACUUACUCUAUUUUGUAUCUAUAUUAUUUAUUGGAAUUUCUGCAGUGUCUUUUUAAUAUGUAAAAUGCUUCAGUUGCAACAUUUUUUUCGAAAAAAGUUUUUAAUAUUGCUAAUGAAUCCUUUAGGGAUUUCUGGAAGUCACAUCACACCGCAUCAAACAAACCUUCUCAAAGAAUUUCAAAGCAAGUAUCUGUUGAAUGGCCUGCACCUUCAUGAGUUUUUACACAGUGUGCGGGCCAUUACAGGGCUUCAACAAAUUUCCUUUUCGCUCGUCGAACGCGAAUGGAACAAACACUCGACGAGGGGCGAGGACACCUGACCCAGCAUCAGGAGUUGAGCUGAAAUUGUACUUCACAGCAGCACAUCAUCUUGAAUAAUUCGAUAAAAGUCAAGGCCACAAUGUUAAAAAAUCCCACAAAAAAAGUAAAAUCCUCCAGCGAAUAUGGA